AGCUGCGUUUUGAGUUCCAGUCCCAUUUUGAGAGUCCUGCAUUUUGGGUCAUUUUUCCUGGCUGCCUGCCUCCCUGCCUGCGACACAGCCAGCCAUUACAGAUUUACUGAGAGUGCAGACAUGUCUGCCGCCAGCAAUCUGCGAUCUGAAGAUCAGUUUCUGUGCCCCAUCUGUCUGGAUGUGUUCACUGAUCCAGUCACUACAUCAUGUGGACACAAUUUCUGCAAAAACUGCAUCAGUCAGCACUGGGACAUCAGUGUCAUGUAUCAGUGUCCCAUGUGUAAAGAGACUUUCAACACCAGACCUCAGCUGAGGGUUAACACCUUCAUCUCUGAGAUGAUUGCUCAGUUCAGACGUGAAGCUCAGCAGAAAACCAGCAGCAGCACCUCAGAGCAACAAGCUGCCAAACCAAGAGAAGUUCCCUGUGACGUCUGCAUUGGACCCAGACAGAAGGCCUUGACAUCCUGCCUGGUGUGUCAGACCUCCUACUGUCAGACUCACCUGGAGCCUCAUCUGACAGUGAAAGGUCUAAAAAGACAUCAGCUGAUUGAUGCUGUGGAGAACCUGGAAGGCAGGAUGUGUAUGAAGCACGAUAAACUGCUGGAGCUAUUCUGUAAGACAGACCACACAUGUGUCUGCAUGCUCUGCCCUGUUUUAGACCACAAGAACCACGAGUUUGUUCCUCUGAAAGAAGAGUAUGAAGGAAAGAAGGCAGAGCUGAAGAAGACAGAGGCUGAGAUUCAGCACAUGAUCCAGAAGAGAAGACUGAAGAUUCAGGAGAUCAAAGACUCAGUGAAGAUGAGUAAAGAUGCUGCAGACAGAGAGAAAGCAGAAGGUGUUCAGGUCUUCGUUGUUCUGAAGGAGUCUGUUGAGCAACGCAUGAAGGAGCUCAUAAAGGAGAUCGAAGACAAACAGGAAGCUACAGAGAAACAGGCUGAAGGUCUCAUCAAAGAUCUGGAACAGGAAAUCUCUGAGCUAAUGAAGAGAAGUUCUGAGGUGGAGCAGCUCGCCCACUCUGAAGACCACCUCCACCUCCUCCUAAGCUUCUCCUCCCUGAAAGCUGCUUCACCCACCAAGGACUGGACAGAGGUCAGAGUCCGUCCACCAUCAUAUGAGGGGACUGUGGGGAGAGCUGUGGAUCAGCUGGAGGAGACAAUCAGGAAACUCAUGAAGAAGAAGCUGUGUGAGGGUGUUCAGCUGAAGAAGGUCCAGCAGUAUGCAGUGGAUGUGACUCUGGAUCCCGAUACAGCAAAUUCCUGGCUCAUCCUGUCUAAUGAUGGAAAACAAGUGUACUGUGGGGAUGAGCGAAAGAAAUUUCCAGACAAUCCAGAAAGAUUUUCUGACAGUCCUUGUGUUUUAGGAGAGCAGAGUUUCUCUUCAGGCAGAUUUUACUUUGAGGUUCAGGUUAAAGGAAAGACUGACUGGACUUUGGGAGUGGCCAGAGAGUCGAUCAACAGGAAGGGAAAAAUCCCACUGAGACCUCAGGAUGGUUUCUGGACUGUGUGGCUGAGAAAUCGAAAUAAGUACAGUGCUUGUGCUUCCCCUCCAGUCCCCCUCUGCCUUCAGCCUGGUCCUGAGAAGGUGGGGGUGUUUGUGGAUUAUGAGGAGGGUCUGGUCUCCUUUUAUGAUGUAGGUGCUGCAGCUCUGAUCUACUCCUUUACUGGCUGCUCCUUCACUCACAAACUCCACCCAUACUUCUGUCCUUGUCACAAUGAUGGUGGUAAAAACUCUGCACCACUGAUCAUCUGUCCUGUCAAUCAAACUGAGUCGGUCAAUGACUGAUUUUAUUUGAUGAGCUGAUUUUUAUUGAGUGUAAUUACUCUACAGUCUCCAUGUUUUCUAUAGAAUCUGAUUAUCAGGACUAUCAGAGAAUAAA